AUGGAGCGCCAAUCUGUCGAUGAUGAUAAAGCGGGCUGUAUGAGUCCGUCAAAUGUGAGUAAUACAUCGCUGAAGAUGUCACCCAGUCUAUCAAUUAUUCAACAGCAAAUGCAACAGCAACAGAAUUCACAAAAUGCAAGAGUACAACGAACAGAAAGUGUGCAAGACAACAUAAAGCCGUAUGCGACUCAACAGAUGUCGAAAGUGCAGACACAAAAUAAUGGUACAGUUCAAGAUAGAAGGGAACUUUUUAGAAAAGGCCUGAACAGUACACCAGGUAUAAUUUACCGUCGGUUACCAUCCGAUUUUAUAAAUUGUCAGAAGGAGGAUUUAAUAGUUAUAAUUUCACGGAUGCUUACGUCGCUUACUAGAAUUAACGACCAAAGAACGGCACCAAACUUGCAAUAUAUUGAUCACGGGAGUCUUACACGAUUUCAUUCGCGUUCGCCUCCACAAAUAUCAAUUUUUAAUUAUCUAUACCGGCUGUCCCACUACUCAGCCCUUGAACACUCCGUUCUAAUAGCUACCGUGUACUACAUAGACUUGCUAACUCUUUGCUAUCCAGUUUUUGCAAUUAACUCAUUGACUGUUCAUAGAUUUCUUCUUACGGCAACAACAGUCGGUUCGAAAUCAUUAUGCGAUUCGUUUUGUUCCAAUAAACACUAUGCUAAAGUUGGCGGUGUCAACAUCGUUGAAUUAAAUAUGUUAGAAGCGGAAUUUCUCAGACGUGUGAACUAUAGAGUUGUUCCUAGGGACUUUAAUCGAGAUCGAGAAAGAAGAAAUUCUGUGACAACCAUCAGUUCUUCCGAGAGAGACGAAGAACCAGAAGGUAUCAGUGCGGCUGCUGAUAUCCUAAGCAUGUAUUAUAAUCGAAUGGUUCUUUUAGUCGGUGGAAUGCAUCCAAACGAUGUUGAUGGAAAUACUGUCAUAACUGGACAUAACGAUAAUAUUGUGUAUUAUGUCUCCGAUGAUGAUGAUGAAAGCAGAUAUUCUGGUUCAGAUAUUAAUGAAAUCAACGGUAGGUUUGCCGACCCAUAUAACACGGAGUCGUAUAUUCAUAAUGGAAAUCGGCUUGCCGAAACUUCUGAAUGUCAGCGUCAAGAUAUAGAGCCUGGUAUGAGAGCGGACCAGAUGCAAUUUUUUGAUAAUGAAUUUGUUGAUUCGUCAACCGAUUAUGAUUCAUCAUCUAUUUCAGACUCGUAUUACGAGGAAGAUGCAGUUAAUUGCAACCCAAGAAAGAGACCCGCUGAUAAAUCGGGAAUGGGAGAAUCCAGACAAGGGUCAAAGCCCAGUAGUAAGAAAAUGAGAUAG